UUAGCAACUUGGAAAGAAAAGUCGCAUAUCCAUUGUGCGCACCCAAAUACUACAAGCAUUUCAUUUAUUUUUCCAUUCCUUAUAAAACCCGAAAACAAAAACCACGCAAUGGUCACGUCCAACACCAACAACACCAUCCUCAAAAUCUCCAAACUCGCGAUCCUCCUCGUUUUGUUCGCUUCAGUCUGCAACGUCGCUAUGUCGGACUCCACCGCCAAACCCCUCGACCAGCACGCCACCACGGGCUCUGACCCUACUGCGCCAGCGGUUCACAUCGUGUACACCGAGAGACCACAGAACGAGGAGCCUGAGGCCUACCACAUCAGAACCCUCACUUCAGUCCUUGGCAGUGAGGAGGCUGCAAAGGAAGCUUUGUUGUAUAGUUACAAGUCUGCAGCCAGUGGGUUCUCAGCUAAGCUUACUCCGGAGCAGGUUGAACAGAUUUCAAAGCUACCAGGUGUUCUUCAAGUUGUUCCUAGCAGGACAUAUCAGCUCCAUGGACCAAAUAACCUGCAGUAGAGAAUGUUCACCUAAAGUUGUAUCGGUUAAACCGUUAUCUAUGCCAUGUAUAAACUAAACUAGUGUGGCUCUAGACUUGUGCCAAUAAGAACAUGGAAUUAAUAUAUAAUAAUACAUUACUAAUAUUUGUGCUAUAUGUUUAUCAAUGUGUCAUGUAUUCAAAGUGGCACCAAUGGACCCUGUGUUGUGCUUGUGCAUAUUAUCCUGUAAAACCAUUGAGAACUUGUUUUGAUGCUUUGAGAUGUAAAUCCUAGUCACCGAGGUUGUGACCAUUAACUUAAUUCGGUUCAUUUGGUAUUAAACGUACGUUGUUAACCAA